UACAGAGCCGGUUCUUUUUGAAACCUGGAAGGCAUAAACCAUUCUGUUUCACGUCGACUCCCUCCGUGCCGGAGAUGAGCGCAGUGCACCUUAACUGCCGCCGCCACACCGCCGCCGCCGUUUCUGUACCCAAACCUUGGUUCACUCCACCUCCUACUCCGCCAAAAGCUCCUCAAAGCAUUCAGAUCGAUCCAAUCCUCACGAGCCUUUCAGAAGCCAUAACGAAUUCCCCUAGGAAAUCCCUCCAAGCCUCCCUCAAAAACGUCCUUCCAUCUCUUAAACCCCAACACAUCAUCGACCUGAUCAAUCUCAACCCUCACUCUCUCCCCACUUCAUCUCUGUACUCCUUCUUCACAUGGCUUUCCUCUCACCCAUCCCCUUUCCGCCACACCCUCCACACCUACUGCACCAUGGCUCACCUCCUCUCCGCCUCCAACAUGCUCCCACAGGCUCAAUCUCUUCUGCAAACAAUUGUUUCGAGAAAAGGGAAGAAUUCAGCCUCUGCGAUUUUUACUGCCAUUCUUGAAUCUAAAGUGUUUUCGGAUUAUCAAAAAGCAUAGGUUGGUUAUUCCGCUUCAAGCUUCUUCGCGGGUGAUUGAUCAUUUGAUGAAAGCUGCACCAUUGGUAGGUUGGGGGUUAUAUAAGGAGCUAUUAGAAGCAGGGUGUCCUCCAAGUGUGUAUUGUUUCAAUAUGUUGAUGCAUAAAUUCUGCAGGGAAGGCCAACUGAGGGAAGCUCAUUUGGUUUUUGAUGAAAUUAGGAAAUGGGGCAUAUUGCCUACAGCUGUUAGCUUCAACACUUUGAUCAAUGGAUAUUGCAGAUCAGGUGAUUUAGCUGCAGGGUUUAGGUUUAGGACUGAAAUGGAGAAGACUGGAGUAGUUCCAGAUGUUUAUACUUACAGUGCUUUGAUCAAUGGCCAUUGCGAGAAGUGUUUAAUGUCUGCUGCAGGAAAAGUGUUUGAUGAAAUGUGUGAGAGAGGUUUACUCCCCAACCAUGUGAUCUUCACAACAUUGAUUAAAGGGCACUGUAAAGACGGGCGGGUUGACUUUGCCAUGGAUGUCUAUCAACGUAUGCUGAGAAACCACAUUUGGCCCGAUCUGAUCACAUGUAACACACUACUUGAUGGGCUUUUGAAGAGCGGGGACCUAAUGGGGGCCCGGAAACUCAGCUCCCAAAUGAACGAAAAAGGUAUAAGACCUGAUAAGAUCACAUAUACCACACUCAUAGAUGGCUAUUGCAAGGCGGGAGAUGUAGACGCUGCGUAUGAGGUCCAAAAAGAAAUGACAGAAAAUGGGAUAAUGCUCGACAAUGUAACAUAUACGUCCUUCAUCACAGGUCUAUGCCGAGAAGGGAAGUUAGUAGACGCGCAGAGAAUGUUAAGAGAAAUGUUGAGUGUCGGUUUAAAACCUGAUGUUCAAACAUACACUAUGGUCAUUGAUGGCUUUUGCAAGAAGGGAGAUGUGAAAAUGGGGUUUGAGCUGUUGAGAGAAAUGCAAAGGGAUGGAUAUAGACCGGGAGUGAUAACCUAUAAUGUGAUUAUGAAUGGUUUGUGCAAACAAGGUCAGAUGAAGAACGCAGAGAUGCUAUUGCAUGCUAUGCUUAAUAUAGGGGUUGUACCCGAUGACAUCACGUACAACAUUCUUUUGGAAGGACAUUUGAGGAAGCGCGUGAAGUUUGGUGAUGGCAGUGAUAUGAUUCUACGACGUGAAAUGGGGCUUGUUCUUGACUAUGCUUCUUAUUGUUCCCUAAUGGGUAGCUUAAAUGUAAAGAAAAAACAAAGAUGUUAAUACAAGUUGACCCUAAUGGAGUUGCAUAGCAAUUGUCGAGAGCGGGUAGAAGCAAUACUCACCAUUGAUGGUGUACAUACCUUAGGAACUUAAGAUUGGCUUUUAAUGCCUUUGCUCCAGUUCCAUAGUUGUUUUAUUUACUAGAAACGAUGAUAGUGUUGGUUUGUUUUCUUUCAAACUAGAUUUAGAAUUUUUGCUUUGAUUUUCAUGCUUAGUGAAGAACACUUAUUUUAAACUGAAACCAAGUUAAGUAAGAA